AUGGCACACGCUCGUAUAUCAGACAAGCUCCCCCCUGAUAUAGAUCCCACAAAAGCUCCUGUUGCAUUUGGGAAAAGGGCCCUUCCUAAGCUGAAUGAGGAGUUACAGUCUCCUGAACUGCUGACUCAGCAGCGGGCACUGAUGGCGCUCUGCGAUCUGAUCCAUGACCCAGAAAAUCUCUACCAGGCCAUAGAUGUAGGAUUCUUGGAUAACUUGAAGACCUUGCUGCUACACGAUGACAGAACUGUCCGACAAAAAACAACAGAAAUCCUCUAUAUAAUGGCUAUGCAUAAUGUUGGCAGGCAAGGGCUGAUACAAAAUGGAGUCAUUUCUGCCCUCACUGAGCUCUUGGAUGAUCCAGUAGAUAUCUGUCGGAAGAACACGCAUCAGAUUUUUGAAAUGAUGGCAAAAUUACCUGAAGAUCAUAUUUAA